GAACAGCUGACAGACUGUUGUCGGACAAUGCCUCUCUCCAGCUGAAACUCUCCGACACUUUCUGCUUUUGUUGUUUCUGGCCGGAUGAAGAUGAGUCGGAGCGAGCACUCGUUACAGGCUCUGUCCUGGAGGAAGCUGUAUCUGAGCAGAGCCAAACUCAAGGCGUCCAGCCGCACGUCUGCGCUUUUAUCCGGCUUCGCAAUGGUGGCGAUGGUGGAGGUCCAGCUGGACACCAAUCAUGACUAUCCCCCAGGUCUGCUGAUCGCGUUCAGCGCCUGCACCACGGUGCUGGUGGCCGUUCACCUGUUCGCCCUGAUGGUGAGCACCUGCAUCCUGCCCAACAUCGAGGCUGUAAGCAACGUGCACAACCUGAACUCCGUCAAAGAGUCUCCACACGAGCGCAUGCACCGCCACAUCGAGCUGGCCUGGGCCUUUUCCACCGUCAUCGGGACGCUGCUCUUCCUGGCGGAGGUCGUCUUGCUCUGCUGGGUCAAGUUUUUACCCAUUAAGCCCAAGGACCAGAAAAACGGCACUGUGUCUGCCGGAGUGGCCGCCGCCAUCACCUCUACCUCCAUCAUGGUGCCUUUCGGUUUGGUUUUUAUCGUGUUCGCUGUGCAUUUCUACCGUUCUCUGGUCAGCCAUAAGACUGACCGGCAGUUUCAGGAGCUGGAGGAGUUGGAGGACUUGCAGAACGAGCUGGACCACAGGGAAGAGGUGUCUACUUUACAGUCUCCCGGUUCUCUUUAUCCCUAGUUUGAGUUUUGAGAGCUUCUGUUCGUGUUUAUUUUAAAUGUUGCGACACAUUGUGUUUUUGACUGUAGUAUCGGUCUGUCUGCUGCAUGUGGACACCCUGGAGCGUCCGGUUUUCUAUGCGUUUAGGAUUUGUACACUGUGACAGCAUGCACUGCAUGUUUUAUGGAUAUACAUUUUUUAUUUGUAUUUUAUUCUCUUCUUAAUUCACCACGGGGGGUAAUAUCCUUCAUUUCUGUAUGGCAGCUGUGCCAGUUUUGCUACCUGCAUAUUUUUUUUUUUUGGUUUUCACAAAGGCAAGCUACAUCAAAUGAAAGCUAGUUUCUGCCACAGAAUGCAAAACUAUACAGCGGGGAAAAUAAGUAUUAGACAUGUCAUGUUUUUUUCUGGGAAUAAUAUCUCUAAAGGAGCCGUUGACGUGGAAUUUAACUAGAUAUUGUUAAAAACUCAAACAAUACAAACAUAAAAA